CUCAAAUUCUCUUUUCUCAAUCAAUAAUAACAUAUCAGAUUAGUAACCUAGAAAUAAUGAGUUUAUUGUAUUUUAUUCGAAUAAGAGACAUAUUUUAAGGUAUUAAAACCCUAAGAUUUAGUUGUAAGGUAUAACUUCAUUGUGUUUUAAUAGAAGAAAAUGGAUGACGUUGAAAAAUUAAGUUGCAAAGAGGAAAUAGUAGAUCUGAGUGACAUGGAGCAUUCUGCCAACGACGAGUCAAAGGAAUUUGAGGAGAAAUCAAAAAAAAGAAAGAGGAGACGCCGUGAAAUAGAUAUGAUAAAGUUAUCAGAUGACGAUGAAACAGAUGAUGAAGUUUCUGGAAAGAAGAUGAUAAGAAGGAUGAGCCCAGUUCCCAAUUCACCAGCCUCACACAGAGAGCCUCGGACUUGUGUGUUAAAGGCCAGUCAGAAGCGUCGUCCUUUGUCUCGUCUGCUGGAACAGUUGCUGAGGAACUUGGAGAAGCGAGACCCACACCAGUUUUUUGCAUGGCCGGUUAACGACAACUUUGCACCUGGCUACUCCUCCAUCAUAAAGCGACCUAUGGACUUCUCUACAAUUAAACAGAAGAUAGACGACAAUGAGUACAAGUCACUAAAUUGUUUUAUUAGUGACUUCAAGUUGAUGUGCAACAAUGCAAUGAAGUACAACAAGCCGGGCACGGUGUACCACAAGGCGGCGCGCAGGCUGCUGCAUGCCGGCCUCAAGCAGCUGACGCCACACAAGCUGCGUCCGCUCGGGGACAUCCUCACCUACAUGUACGAGAUACCCAUCCGGGAGCUCGGCUUUGACAUUGGCAAGAUGGAUGUUCCUCUUAGGACAUACGGCCGAAAGCACAAAGUGCUGAAGCGCAGCAGCCCCAUCAAGAGCGGCGGGUCGGAGGCCGAGGCGGUGUCCGACGGCGGGCUGGAGCGCCCCGACGUCGACAGCGGCGACUGCGGAGACAGCCUCAAGAUACAGAUGGAGGCCGCCAGGGAGCAGCACCGCAAACGGCUCGCCAAGAAAGCAUUUCCGCGCAUGGACAGCGAGGGCAAGACGACGCUGUGCCUGGUGACGAGCACGGUGGAGGGGGGCGCGGGCGCAGGCGGGGAGGAGCGCCCCCCCACACUGGCGCAGUACAUCGGCAAGCUGACGCAGGGCACCGGCACAUUGCACACGCCUCGCGAGGACCGCCGCAACCUCGCCAAGUGCGUGAAGCCGCUCAACUACGGCCCCUUCGGCUCCUACGCGCCGGCAUACGACGGCACCUUCGCAACACUCACCAAGGACGAGACGCACCUCGUCUACCACACGCUGCCGUACGAGAUGGGUCAAGGUAACGAGGAGCUGCUGCGGUUCGCGCCGGACUCUCCAUGGACCGCCAUCUACGACAUGGAGGCCAUGUUCCCCGAGCGCAGGGCGCAGCCCGAGCCCGCACCGACAUCUGACGAUAAUGAGCUGUCGAAGGUGAAGGUGGACGUGGAGGAGCUGCGCAGCCUGGCGGCGCUGGGCAUCGACGUGGACUUCCUCACCGACAUCGAGGAGGACCUGGCGGCCGCUCAGCACGACUACGGCAUCUCCGCCGCACUCAGACAUACACACGAACUCAUACUCAAACUCGAGAAGGAGCAGCGGGAAAGACUGUCGCAGCCGCCGCCCUGGCACCUGUCGCUGUGCGCGCGCGCGGGCGCGGCGGAGCGGGCGGCGGCGCGCGCGCUGGCGGGCUGGCUGCGCGGUAUGCUGGCGCGAGUGCCGCCCAGACACGUCGCGCCCACGCACGCCCUCCGCAAGGCGCUCGGCGUCACACUAGAACAUCUCGACACGCCGCUGGCGGUUGACGACUUCGAGCUGGAGUUGCCGGAGGGUCGUGAGGUGCGGGAAGUCCGCGAUACCUCAGACCCAGAGUCGCGUCACUCCGUCUCCAGUCAAUAA